AGUCGGACGACAAUUUACUUCGGCAAAUGUCUAUUUACACCACAACGUGGAGUGAUUGAACUUUCAUGGCAGGAGCAUAUAAACAACUAUAAGUCAUCAACAAGUGUUCUCAUUUAUAUUAUAAUGGGUAAAAGGCACCGCAGUGAAGACUCGGUAGAGUCAGACGCUCCGGUGAAGAAGGAAAAGGUUCCGGAGUUCAAUGGGACGGUGUUUAAAGCCAUGCUAAAAGACCCCACUACAGCCAUGAAGGGACUGGAGACAUUCAUAUCAAUCGCUAAGAAGCUUCCAUGCUCUGACCUAUAUGAUGUGGUGGAAGGAUAUGUUAAAAUCUCUAUGGAGUGUGCAGAAAUAUUCAAAUUGCUGGAGGGAGAAAAGCACGUAGAGAGUGAGAUGAUGCUAAUUUUUGAGAGCUUGGAGAUGAUCCUGCUAAGGACAGCCAGUGACCUGUCCCACUUCAACAUGGUUGGCAAUGCUGUUGUGAAAAAGAUUGUUUCUAGCUACGUAAAACUUCUGCAGGGAUCUUUCCAUUCACAAAAUCACAGGUUCGUCCGUCAGUCCCUCAGUUUGUUGUCCGCCUUGGUGUCUCAGGGUCCAGAAGCUGCCAGAGAAAUCUUAAGUCACAUUCACAUCAAUAAAUCCCUGUCUGGACUGGCAAAGAGAAGGGAUAAGAAGGGAAGACUGGAUGUCCGCAUGGCUUUUAUCCAGUUUGUGUUGUCCUUCUUGGUGUCUGGAGAUAAUGCUGCCGUUGGACAGAUACUAGAAAACAAAGAGCUCCUGCCAGAGAUCUUGAGUACAGGUCUGAAGGAGGACAGGAUGUCCGUAGUCACUCUGAUUUUGUCCACGCUGAAGACUACAGUUGUACUAAACAAGGCCAUAAGUAAAACACAGAAAGUACGUUUCUUUACACCGGCUGUAUUGGCCAACAUCGCGUCUCUUUAUAAAUGGAAUGGGAUUGUGGAUGCAGCCACUGAUGAUAACGCAACGGUGGAGAGCUCCUCAGAGCAUGCUGGGAUAUCAGUUGUCCGAGAACUUGUUCACAGUUUUCUUCUUGACCUGUGUUGCUCUCGUAAGCACGGCAUCAGCUUUCAUGAUCCCAGCUUUGGCACGUCUGGCAGAGCUGGUAACAUUGUCUUGCUUCAGUUCCUGGUGGGGCUGAAACAGGCCACAGAGGAUGAACUGGUGGCAGAACUGGUGGUAAACGUGCUGAAAGCUAGUCCUGAUAUUCUGGCCAGAUACUUCAAGGAGACUCAGUAUUCAUACACUCCCCGCCUGAAAAGUGCUUGGCAGGACAAUGUCAAGUUGGUUAAAAGGAUCUAUGAGGCACAACCAGAGCUUUGCACAGUCUUUCGAACCUGUGAGGUCAUCUCCCUUCCUCGCCUGCUCUCCAUGAUUAUAGUGACAUCUCUUCCUCCUGUUUGUAACAAGGCUUUUUUCACACAGGGCCUCAAUUUUGCCAACACAGCAGUGCAACUUACAACUCUGUCCAUGAUGAGUUUCAUCUUGAAACGAGCCAACAAGAAUAUAGAGUACCUUUUGGAUAAAUCUGAGUGGCACGGCUCAGAUGUGUACACUCUUGACAUGAUGGGGGAAUUAGUGCAGCAGUACAGAGAGACACUCAGCAAGAUUUUGCCUGACAUGACGAGCAUCAUUGCACAGUGGCAGUCAGUCAGCAAGAAGGAAAAGGCCGGUGGUGAAGAAGAAAGGAUCAAAAUUGAAGGGAGUUCUCGACAGUCAGAUAAUAAAAAUGAAAUACCUGCUCUUGAGACAGCUGAGGUCAUCCUGCUCAAGGCUCUGAUUCUUCAGGUCAUAUGUCUCUACCAGAAAGUGGUGCCACAUCUGGUUAGCCAGUGCAAAUUUGACUUCAGCAAGCUCUUAAAAGGGAUUGUGUCAGAAAAAGGAAUGAGGGAAGAAGUCCCCCCAGUUUUGCAAUAUCAGAUACUGCAGUUGGCCUUAGAGCUCCCUGCAAGCAAGUUCUCCUGGUUCCGUAUACAGGAUGUUGGAGAUACUGAAUCAUCAUCUGGAGAGAAGUCAGUACUUUACUUGCUUCUCAAGAUGUUUGUCAGCAGCAGCUACUUGAAAACCUCCACACGGAUGCUGGUUCUAAAAGUACUAAAAGACAGUGGGGUGUUUGAGUAUACCUGGACUGAGCUUGAACUCUGGCUCAACCAGCUUGCCAGAGUAGAGCAAAGCCAACAAGAGACUGUCAUCCAGUUCAUGGAGAGGGUGUUCAUCAAGCUGGUGUGCAAUUCCUACACAUACACAGAUAAGGUUGCCAGUCUGGUCCAGGAGGCAGCCUAUCUGCAGGCUAACUUGAGUAGCCAGGAGGGUGACACUGCCAGUAUCCCAGUCUCACACAUAGAUGAUGUCUUAGACAUGCUGGAUGUCAUUAUGGAGGGUAAUGAUGGUGAGAUGGAAGAGUUCGGGCAACCUCUGAGUGAAGACCUCAUUAGCCAAACCUUCCCCUUCAGUGUGGUGGUACCAGCUGCUCUGGAGGCCAGGAACAAAGUCCCAGUAGUCAAGGGAGCAGUAUAUGAAUACUUGUCUGCUGUGCUCUCUGAUGUGCUGCACUGUCAGAAAGAGCCACUUCCCCUCUGCUUGGCUCUGAUGCAGUACAAUAAAGAGCUUGUGUCCUGUAAACACUCUUCAGCUUCUGCACAUCCCUCCAUUAUACACCUUCAUCAGUAUUACUCCAAAUGGCUACCACAGCAGUGCCGGGAGGAACUGUUCAAGUCCUUUGAAGGCCAUUCAAAAGAAUCGGCAACCUUCGUUUCAUUCACUGAACUGAUGAAGGCUGCUUAUAUCCAAGGACCGAGCACUCUGCUUGAUGGCACCUUCAGGAAGAAUGUGGAAGAAAGUCUAGCUUCUGUGUUGUUGUCUGAUUUUCCAGUAGCAGUCAGUCAGAUCUUACUCUACAUCAAAUCAACAGUGGACAACUUUGGCAUGUUCUCCAAAGAGACAGGGACUGGCCUGCUGAAGACCUUCAUGGGAAUACUUCAGGAUUUGGUGACCAAGUUGCAGGGCUUUCAGGAGACAAAAUCUGAGCCAGCAGCAGAAACCCCCCAAGAAGGAUCAGACCUCUUCCUGGAAUUCAACCACUUAUCCACAGUAGAAGCCAACAAGGAGGAGAUUCUUGUUUCGACUCUUGCCUCCAUCUUCAAGCAUCCAUGUUUGGAGCAGUGGUUUCUGGCUCUGGAGCUGGCUGCUCUGCCUCCUCAGACCCUGAACCCCAUCAGACUCAAGCACCUGUGUGCUCAGCUGAGUGAUGAUAUUCUGGCCUUGUUGAAGAUCAGUGCCCACACUCUUCGUGAUUUGGGUCAUCUGGAACUUCUUGGUAGCUACACUGGGGCUAUAGAGAAGGCUGUACUCAAGGAACUGAUGGACAAGGGCUCAGAGACUACAAAGAAACAGUCCAGGCCUUUCAAAGCCCUCCUUUCUCUGUACAGCUACAUGGACUCUUGUAAUCUGAGGGAGGUGGUUUCCAAGCUGUUACUUCUCCCCCAUGAGAGCCUCGUCUCUCCUGGCACUGAGGGCACACAAGUCCAGCUCAGUAUCUACGGCCAUGCAGCACUGCAGAUCCUCACAGAUGUUCAGUCUAACUCCCAGGACCACAGCACCUUUCUUACACAGGCACACCUUCGUGGCUUGGGCUCCCUGCUUUUGUCCUGCUCCAGCCCCGCGCUGGAGGCCUUCCUGCUUCAGACUCUGUCUAGUGAGCCAGGCAGUGCCAAGCUCAUCCACACAGAUGUGCUGCUGCACUGUCUCCAGUGUCCUCUCCCAAACACUCUGGCAAUCAGCUCCCUACUGCUGCAGAAUUCCUCCACUCACCGCCUCUGCUUUGAGGGCUGGUGUCUAGAGCCAGCGAACAUAGAGAAGGUCUCGGACCAGACAGAAACCUUCCUCCCACUGAUCGGUACUUACUUACAGAUGGCAAGUAGAGAGGACCCUACCAGACCCAAAGAUGUGCAAAAAGAAGUUUUAAAAGCCUUAAAGCAAGGAUUGCUUGCCAGAUUGUCCCGAUGUGUUCUGGGAACCAUGACAGAAGACUCCAGAGCCCUGCUUGUCGAAACACUAUCCAGUCUGAUCAAGCUCACUGCAAACAUCAAGGACAUCAGGGAUUUGAUCAGCAAUCUUCCCAGUGUGCUUCAGAAAGUGGACAGUUUUGAAAGAUGGCAGCUGGUAAAUGUUAUCACAGAGAAACUCUUGAGUUGCCCAGAGGAGCAAGAAACCUGGAGGACGUCUGUCACCACUGCCGCCCUCAAGUGUCUCAUCGCUUCUUACAGUCACUCUAAACAUUGUGCAGCUUCACCAUCAGAGCAGGAGCAGAGCAUCCUGGAAAGACUGCAGCGACUCCUAACAUCACCUGAUGACAUCGCUGCAUCUGAAUGGAACAGUUUUGUCAAGAAUGGACUAAAACAUCGCUACAGAGACCACUGCUUCCUGAACACUUUGAGCAGCCUGUUGGAACUGAUGUACAGUAACAGUGAUGCCCAGAAGGAUCUGAUUCCUUUGUCCACCCUUCACAUGAUGAUCAGCAGCCAUUCUCUGUUCCUGCCCACAAUGCUGGCAUCUGAUGAAGAGCCUAGCAUAUGUCAGGCUAAAGAAGCAUUAGUGUCCCUUCUUUUCUGUCUGGUGAAGAAAUGCCCAACAGUCUGUAACAUCAGUCACUUUGUUGUUCUUUUGGGAGCAUAUGGAGCAACGCUGAACAAGUCAGAUCAGAAACUGUUACGGCUUCUCCAUGAAUAUGAGAGAAACCAUGUCAGUCUGCUGAGGUUUCAAUCCUUCUUAUGGGGCCCAGCAGCUGUGGAACACCACAGGACCAGGAAAAGCCUUGGGGCUUCCCUGUGGAAGCAGAUGGGCUCAGAUGAGCUGUUGGCCCUGUUGAAACCUGAAAGGAUGCUGCAAACUAUUGCACACUUCCCCCAGCACCUCAGCAUCAUCCCGCAGGAUGGUGAUGAGCUGCCAAACAGUAACAAGGCAGUGACAAACCCAGGGAAUUUGUAUGAUCCUCGUUUUCUUUUGCCUCUGUUCAGUGCUAUACUGCGUCCAGAAUGUGUGAUUGACUGCCUCAAGUUUGUAUCCAGCCACGCUCUUGGAGUAACUGUAAUGGCCCUGAGUAGCUACGACCCAAAGGUUCGAGCGGCAGCGUACCAUGUGCUGGGCUGCUUCUACCAACACCUGGAGGGUGCUCGGUUUAGAGAGAAGAGACAGCUGCUGUACGUGAUGGACACAGUGAAGAAUGGAAUUCAGAGGCCGAAUCAAAGACUUUCAUUUGUAAUGACCACUUAUAUCACCAAAGUGGCUCAGCUGAUGCUCAAACCAGAGGACCACAUGUACAUGGUGGUAAACAGGUUUCUGCUGUCCCAUCAGUGGUUGGAAUUCAGAAGAGUCCCUGAGUUCUUCAAGUUGUUCUAUAGUUUCGACUUGCAGCACAAGGUGGAACGUGAGUGGAUCCUGAAUGUGCUGGAGGAAGGGAUAAGUGAUGGACAUUCAUAUGAACUGUGCAACCAACAAGGCAUCUUUCAGGGCCUUUUAGGCUUCAGCAGUAGUCCCCUCUGUGAUGAACACUCCCAGACACAGAUCAUCAGGGUGUUGUGCCACGCUGCUCGUGUGGCCAGAGCAGCUUAUAACCUCACCAAGUGCUGUGGCGUCCUAACCUGGAUAAUACAGGUGGUUGAGAAAAGCAGGAGUCUAGACCAGCAGCUGCUAAGUGCCAUCAUAGAACUGCUCCAUGUGCUGUGGUUUACCAUCCUUGGGCAGAAGGAAAAUCAGCAGGCAGAUGGAGCCAAGACUUCAGAGAAACCUCAGAGCUCAGUCAACUGUCUCUCUCUCCCUCUCAUCAGUGAAUACUUGUGUGUAGCAUCAACUCUCAGCAGACACCUCAGGUUGGGUGUGAAGGCCACUCAUCUCAGCCUGUUUCUGCAUACGCUCUGCUCUGUACUGAAGCAUCGUGGGACAGCUCUCAAUGUAAAGAAACAGGCGGAUCAGAUCACACUAUAUCCACAGCCACUCUCCUGUACUGAAGUGCUCAAUCUGCUCCUCUGCUGGGCGUCCCUGUCCCACAACACAGCGCUCCUUACCCAUAUACAAGCCUUGUCGGAAAGGCACACAGUGAAGGAAUUCCUGGGAAUGGGGAAGGAUAAGGCCCGAGGUAAAGGCUCCUUUUCCCAGACCCGCACACCAAAAGAAAACCUGACAAAGGAUGAUGACUCUGAGAGACAAGAAGAGAGUCUCCUGACAGAGUGUAAAAUUUACCUCAGCAGUAUCUUUGUUCAUUGGGAACCUGUGUUUCCUCUCUCUGAAUCCCAGUCAGCUCAUCCAAAAGACAAACUGGAUCCUGGUCGGUUGGCCUGUGAUACUGCUCACCUGCUCAUCAAAUGGUCCCUGAGGUUCUUAGUGGAGGACUCGUAUCAUGAAAACAGAACAAAAGAAUUCUUGCACUGGGUUGAAAAGGCUGUGAUAAAACACAGGGAAAUUGUAGAUGUCGUGUUGCAUGAUCUAGGCUUGAAGGCAGAUCUCCUUCGCCUCUACCAUCAAGCCUUUGAAGCUCAGUGUCACUCUAGCAUUUCGGCAAGAGUGGAAACCUUAAAGCGAUUUACCAACAUUAUGAUACGCUUACUAGAGACCAAAGGCCACCUUGCAGAGCUGCAUCACAUGGUCAUCUCUGCCUGCCUGCCAGAAACCACAAAUGAUCCAUCGAGAUGCGAAGCGGGGCUGUUUCUGAUGUCGUUGUACAUCCAUGAGCUGUGGAGUGGAGCCACGUCAGCAGAGCUGUUCCUGUUUCAUGUCAGUUUGGUGACCAGAACCAAGUAUAAAAGACAUAAAGCAUCCAAAUCAUCCCUGACUCAAACAGCCAUCAGAGCCAUCUGUAAUGACAUCAUCACUAUGAAGAGUUAAAUGUGACAUCUGAACACUCGCUAUGUUCUUUGAAUUAGACCUAAUUACAUGAGAGCUUGUUUUUUUUCACUUUGCUGCUUUGUUUGUUCCUGUAAAAGGCUG